AUGUACAAAUAUGAUCAGUAUCAACUAAAAUUAUGUUAUGAGGAAAUUACGGUUGCAAAAAUCGACGAACAGCUACCACAUUACUUCUGUUUCGAAUGUGCCAUGUUGCUCUAUAAAUAUCAUAAGUUUAAGCAAAAAUGCUUCAGAGGUCAAGCAGCACUCAAGGCCUUACUACUAAAAGGACCUAUAACAUAUAAGGCUGUUAACAAUAGUAACUGCAAAAGUGAAAUACUUCAAUCAGCUUUAGGCAUUAUUACAGUAAAUAAGCGCGUAAAAACCUAUUUAAUUAAUGAUGGACAGAAUAGAGUCAUUCAUAAAAAAGUUUCAAUCGUUAAUGGUGAUGGUGAAGUUGCAGUAUCUAUGAGUACUGAAGAUGUUACUAAAACAAGUAAUAGAAAAGCUGAAUUAGAAGUGGAGUCUGAUAAAAUUUUAACUAAAAAUGAUAGCAGUGCAAUUAAGACUACCACAGAUAAUUUACUUUCGAGUACUGAUAAUGUUGACGAUGAUUUAGAUUAUGCUGUCGACACUGACAAUGAUAAUCAUUCUUUAACAGCAGUUUUUAUUCCAGAAAAGGAUUUAGUAAUAAAGACUGAAGAAGAUAAUCUAGAAAAUACCGAACUAAAUGACAAUAAUAUUGACAAAUCUAAUAAACAAUUGCCUCAAGAUAAACUUAGUCAAGAAAAAUUACAAAACAGCACGAGUAAAAGAGAAUUAAGAAAAUAUGAUUUCCCAGUAGCUAUGGAUACUGGUAGCGUAACUAAAAUCACAGAUAAAAAUAUUGAUUUUGGUAUUAAGUCGGAUGAAAUUUUAAUUAGAACUGGAAGUAAUGCAAUGGUAACUGUCGCAAGUGAUGUCCUUUCUAUUAUGGAUGACAGUGUAAACAAUAUAGACUGUGAUUCUGUAAAUGAAAAGAGCUUAACGACUAUGGAAAACAAUGUGUUAAUAAAAUCUAAAAAAUGUAAUGAUCAUUUGGAUGUAGCAGUUAAAAAAAUUAAAAAAAGUGUAUCAAAUAAAAAAAUCUUAGGCACAAGAAAGCAUAGUAAAAUAGAAAACAAUAAAAAUGUUCAAGAGGAGAAAAAGCACAAGUUUACAGCAACAUCCAAAAAAGUGCUGGAUCCAAGUAAAUGGAAGAAGAUAAGUUUGUCCGAGGAGGAGGCUGUAAAAGAGUUCGAGAAAAGAGCUCACGAUCCGAAAUAUGUGCAGGCCACUUAUCAUUGUAAGGAUUGCUAUAAGUUCUUCUCGAGAGAGGAUAUUAUGAUGCGCCAUUUGAAAUUAAGGCACAACACGUCCAUCGGUCCAUUCGAGUGUCGUUUCUGCCACAUGCGCUUCAAGCUGAAGUGUCGCCUACUAAAACACACGCGCAUGCACUACACUAAGUACGAGUGCUUGGUUUGCAACCUCGUUGUUACUGUUGAAUCCACAGCUCUAAUGCACGAAGAAGCGCAUUUAGGCGUUACGAGAACGUGCAAACACUGCGGCGAGGAGUUCAGGCAUUUGACGACGUACUAUUCGCACUUGCGUACCCACAGAAGCAAGUUUGUGUGCACUCUUUGCGGAGCGUCGUUUGUGAGCGACGCGGGACUGCAACAGCACAAACGCGUCAAGCACGUUGACGAUACUGAACAGUCAAAGAGUCCACAAGAUGCGGCCACGUUCUGCAACCGCUGUCAGAUCAAUUUCAUAACUGCGAGCGCCUUCGCGGAGCACCUCAAAUCGUCAGCGUUGCACGCGGAUGUUGAGAAAGCAGGCAACAACGAAGUUACAACCUCGAAGAAAAAGUACAGGAGGCCGCGGUAUGGAAGAACAACAAAACUCAAACCCACGACAUGCCAUCAAUGUGGUAAACACUUCGACUCCCAGACCCUGUAUUUGAAUCAUCAUCUCAAGGAACAUCCAAGGACUUCCAUCUUUCCGCCAAACGAGAGGCAUAUAUGCGAGAUCUGCGGAGCCUCGCUUGCGCCGGGAAGUAUAGCCAUGCAUCAAAAUAUCCACACGCGCGAGAAGCUGUACAAAUGCGAGACUUGCGGGCGAGAUUUCUACUCCUCUGCGAGUCUCAAGCGACAUCUUGUGAAGCACACCGGUGAGAAACCGUUCAAGUGUCCGCUAUGCGACAAACGUUUCACACAAGACAGUAGCAUGAAGCUGCACUAUCGCACCUUCCAUCUUAAACAACCCUACCCGAAACGGACUAGAAAUAAGAAGAAAGAAGAAAUACAAGAAGUCAUUCCAAUGGAGACUGAGGAAGAAUCUUAUUCAGAGUGA